AUGGAACGUCUUGGUGGACGAGAACUUGUACAAAAAGCUUCGCAAUUGAUAGCGAGUAAUAAACUUGAUGAAGCUGUAAAAAUUUUCGAUUACCUUGUGGUAAAAAUACCUGAUGCACCUUUACCACUUUUAAGUAGAUGUACUUGGUAUGUGUACAUGAGAGCGCUUAAAAAAUAUGAAACAGCAAAAAAAGAUGCCGAAAAACUUUUAAGUUUUCCGAAUAUGCCUAUAGAUGAAGAAUUAGCACCAGGAAAUUCAACAUUACAUUCUGUAGCAUAUGUAAGGUUAGCAAAAUGUUAUAAAGAAUUAGGACAAAUCGAAGAAGCAGAAAAAUUAUUAAAAAAACGAUUGGAAAUAGAAAAAAAAACAAUAAAACCCCAAGCCAUUCAAGGGAUAAUCGAUGAAGAAGAUGAAGACAUUGAAAAGGAUAAUGAAAGAUCGGAAAAGCUAAGGUUACAAGGGAAUGAAUUAUAUAAACUAAAAAAGUACAAGGAAAGCUCAGAAAUUUACUCGAAAGCAUUAGAACUUGAUCCUAAUGAUAUCUUGGUUCAUUCAAAUAAAGCUCAAGUGUUGUUAAAACUUAAUGAAUUAAAUGAUGCUUUAAUUCAUGCAGAAGAAUGUAUCAGAAUAAACACUAAAUGGCCGAAAGGGUAUUACCGAAGUAUAUUGCUUGAACAAAAGAAAUAUGGUGAUGCAUUUGCCGCACUUCAAUUGGCGAAACAUUAUGGUGCGAAGGAAGCUGAUUUAUCAAAAAAAAUUGAUUUGUCACGCAAACAAAUUAAAAACGCGACAAAUAGUUCUAUUGAUUCAUCAAAAACUUUCCCUAGUUUAAAAUCAAUUAUAAUAUCUUCAAUUGCAAUUGUUAUCAUUUCAAUUCUUUUUUUGUAUUUCGAGCAAAUUAAGGAUAUUGUUUAUUGGUCAUUUAAUAUUUAUUUUGAAGAUCUUUGGUAA